GUCAGCAAGAUGGCGGCGGCCGCGGCCCUGGCUCCGGCGCUGCGGCGCUCGCUGGGGCGGCCCCGGGGGGCUUCGGGGGGACGCCGCGGCAUUGGCCCGCCGCGGGGGGAAGCUCCCAGGCCCCGCAGCACCGGGACGGGCCCGGACGGCAUCAACAAGGCCGUCGUGGAGCGCAUCAUCCGGGUGGACCACGCCGGGGAGUACGGCGCCAACCGCAUCUACGCCGGGCAGAUGGCGGUGCUGGGCCGGUCGGCCGUGGGGCCCGUCAUUCAGCAAAUGUGGAAUCGAAAAGACCACUUGAAAAAGUUUAACGAGUUAAUGAUUGCCUACAGAGUUCGACCUACUGUUUUGCUGCCUUUCUGGAAUGUAGCAGGUUUUGUUUUAGGGGCUGGAAGCGCUUUACUUGGAAAGAAAGGUGCGAUGGCUUGCACAGUGGCAGUGGAAGAGAGCAUAUCGGAUCACUAUAACAGCCAGAUCAGAACUCUUAUGGAAGAAGAUCCAGAAAAGUACAAGGAGCUGUUGCAGAUAAUAAAGCAAUUUCGGGAUGAUGAACGGGAGCACCAUGACAUUGGGCUUGAACACGAUGCUGAGGGAGCACCAGCUUAUUCUGUUCUGAAGACAGUAAUACAGCUUGGAUGCAAAGCUGCAAUAUUUUUAUCAGAAAGAAUUUAGUGAUAUUUUCCAUAAUGUUUGUGGCAAUAAACUGUGAAGCCAAAGAUUAUGAAAACUGUGGAAGACUAAAAUCUAUUUUAUUCAGGCUUUUAAAAUGUUCUUCAUUAAACACCUGAUUCUGCCAUCACGUUGAGUACUUGUUCAAAAGGUAUCUACACUAAAGUCAGUUGAGCUAAAUGUGAAUGAUGAUAGAAUUGGGACUAUGUGACUUAAACCUUCUUAUUCAGAAACUGUUCACAAGGUGGCAGUAAAAUAUGUUGUAUAUACAUGAUUUAUAUAUGUGUGUAUAGAGAGUAUGGGUAUAUAGAACAUAUACAUGUAUGAAAGUGGUAACUAUCUUCUCUGUUGCUUUCAAAUUUAUACGUUCUUGAAAUAAGCUGGAGCUCACUAGCUCAUUUUAAAAUGGUUAAUACUGAAUAAGUAGCAUAUUCUUGAGUUCUAUUUUCAGGGUACAUGAAAUCCUAGUAAGUAUUUCUUUUCAGUUUUUUCUUGAAUAAAGAUUGUUAUUAUAAGA